AGAAAGAAGGAAUUUGUCCUCACACUUUAUUGAUUAUCUAUAUUCCAUAACAUUUGACAAUGUACGUAAUUAAUCUUUCUCUCUCCUUGUGAUGAACAUGGUUGAGUUUACUUUUCCAAUCCCUUUUUAUAUUUUGAAAUGCAAGAUGUAAAGUAAGCUGAUUUUGAACAUUUUAUGAUCUCUAGCAUUUCAAUAAUGUUCUCUCUUUCUGUCUUUAAACCCUUAAAUCUUCUAUUUUUCCUUAAAGAAACUAUCUGCAAAUAUAAUCCCGAAAAGAUAUAUAUACCAACCUGCGCACCUAAAUUUGAUACUAUUAAAUAAAACAAAUACAAAUAACCCACCGCAAAAACUCAACACAUAUGAAAACGAAAUCAACUACGUGUAAAUAUCACUUCAAAACACUUACCCACAAAGUACUAUUAAUUAAUCCAUCAAAACACUUGUCAUACAAAAUUUGGUAAUUUUUUUUUUUUUUUUUUUUUAUAAUUUUUACCUCAAAUAUUAAGACAAUUCAAUAAAAAGCGUUCAUAAAAGACUCAAUCCUAUCACCUUUAAGGAAAAGGUACUCAAUAUAUAUGUAGAUGAAUUGAUCUAUUCCAACCUAAACAAAUUCCAUAUGAUAUAAAUUAACCACGUGCAUCAAAUCAAAAAAUAUAACAUAAAUAUUCAAAAAAAAAGAAAAAGUCUCUUACCCUCCUCCAAUUUUACUCUUUUUUUUUUCUCCAAUGAAGAAGGUUGUAAUAUUUAUAUAUAAGUGAUUAAUCGUACUUGGUUGUGCUAAAUUUAAAAAAAAAAGGGAAAAGAAAAAAAGCAGCUAUACGAUUUGGAUUUUUUUUUUUUUAACGAAUUUCGAAUUUAUUUAUAUAAAUAAAUAUCAACCUUGGAAUUCCAAGAGCCUUCCUUGGCCGUGAUGACUAACCUGAACCAAGAUUGGCCCGAACCCAUAGUUCGUGUCCAAUCCCUCUCCGAAAGUGGCUGCCCCGUCGUCCCUUCCCGCUACAUCAAGCCACCGUCGGACCGUCCCACCGCUUCCACGGUCGCCUCCCCUGCCGUCAACAUCCCAAUCAUCGACAUCCGCAGCUUCGCUCUCGACCACGACGACUCCCUUCGACGUACUAUUCUAAGCCAAGUCUCCGACGCUUGUCGCAAUUGGGGAUUCUUUCAAAUCAUCAAUCACGGUAUCCGGGCGGAGCUUCUGGACGAUGUCCGGCGUGCGUGGCAUGAUUUUUUCAAAUUGCCGGUGGAAAUGAAACAAGCUUAUGCUAAUAGUCCUAAGACUUACGAAGGCUAUGGUAGCCGCCUUGGUGUUCAAAAAGGAGCUAUUCUUGAUUGGAGUGACUACUUUUUUCUUCAUUACCUUCCUCCUCGCCUCAAAGACCACAAUAAGUGGCCCGCUACACCCGCCUGUAUUAGGGAAUUGAUAGAGGAGUAUGGGGAAGAAGUAGUGAAGCUAGGGGGAAGAUUGUUGAAGCUUUUAUCAGUGAAUUUGGGGCUUCAAGAAGGGUAUCUGCAGAAUGCAUUUGGAGGAGAAGAUGUUGGCGCAUGUUUAAGAGUGAAUUACUACCCAAAAUGCCCACAGCCGGAGCUGACGUUGGGGCUGUCGUCGCACUCCGACCCCGGCGGAUUGACGCUGCUACUUCCCGACGAUAAGGUUGCCGGACUUCAAGUUCGAAAAGACGAUAAAUGGAUUACCGUCAAACCAGCUCCCCAUGCUAUUAUAGUUAAUGUGGGCGAUCAAGUUCAGGUUCUAAGCAAUGCAAUAUACAGAAGUGUGGAGCAUAGAGUGAUUGUGAACUCAGACAAAGAACGUGUUUCAUUGGCUUUCUUUUACAAUCCAAAGAGUGACAUUCCAAUAGAGCCAGCAAAAGAGCUAGUUACGCGAAAAAAACCUGCGCUUUAUUCCCCAAUGACGUUUGACGAAUACAGACUUUUCAUCAGGAUGAGAGGUCCUCAGGGUAAAUCCCAAGUAGAUUCACUAAAGUCGCCAAGAUAACCCACGAUUUUGUACAAUGUAAAGAUCAGAAUCAGCCUCAAAGCCCUUUGUAUUUUUUUCUUUUUAAUAUUCCUUUAAAUUUUGUUCACUUGUAAAUUUCAUUUAAAAAGAAAAAGAAAAAGAAAUAAACCCCAUUAGUCCCACUAGAUAAAUGUACAUCUUCUAGUUUGUACAUCCAAAAAGGGAGAUAUAUAUAUAUUUUGAAGAAAAAUUAAAUUAUGUUGUUUCACUUAUAUUAA